AUGAUGCUGAGUUCCACAGAGGCCUGGAACCAACAGUGUGAACACUGGACGGAGCUGUUCCCUGAGCUCCAGAAGGCACUGCUGGACAAUCAAAAGAAUAUUGGUGAAGCCUUUGGGAGAGAUGCUCUCUCCCUGCAGGGCAGCAUGAUGUGUGAGCAGGAAUCCAAUGGACGCCGCAAAACGUUCUGGGAGUUUGGCUUCAAAGGACAGAUGUGUCUCCGCUUUGACUCGAAGAGCAGACGCUGGGCAGAGUUGCACCCUGGAUGUAGUUCGUUGAAAGACACGCUGGACGAUAACAGUGAUAUAUCCAGAUGCCUUGGUUGGAUCUCAAAUGGAAACUGUGUGAAGCUGCUUAAUCAGAGCACAGUUCUGAACACAAAAGCUGCACCGAUCAUGGCCACAACUACGGCCCCAGCACCAGCCCCAUCCAAGGCCGUGAUUAUCAAGGACAACAUUGCCUUGAUCCUCACACUGAUUUUUAAGAUGCUUCUCAGAAGCUCCUCAGAGUGUGGCGUAGUUCCCCACGUAUCCCUUCUGGUCGGACACCUUUCCAUCAUGUCCAGCUGCUCACCUGUUACCCUCCAGGAGCUGCAGCCCUUGCAGCCUCCAGAAGAUUGCGGUGCUACAGAGGAAGCGACAUGCAUUUUCUCUACUCGGGGCAUAGAGUCUUUCUGCACUUUUUUUGGACAUUUGCUCAGUGAACAAGAGUUGGCUUCAGGCUUCCCCAUGGACCCACCGCAGCAGCAGGUUGGGGCCAUCGCCCAGGGCUGUGCUAAGUCAUGA